GUGUCUAUGAAACGCUCUUGUCAAUCCUAAAAUGCGUCCAGGAAGAGAGGCUGUGGGAUCUUAGUCGACAGGCGAAUGAUCUGCCCGUCCGUCCGUCCGUCACGAGUUCAAAUCUCUUUUUUGUUCCUCACGAAAACGCCCCAUACUAAAGAGAGGAACUCUUCAAAUCCCCAGCUUCAAUGAAUGUCUCUUCUAUUCAUCUGCAGCAGAGCGAACCCUUGCCUCCCGCUCAGUUUGUCGAUAGUGUUGUCUCUAGCCUUUCAACCCAGAACUCCAGUCGUUGGGGCAACGAUCAACAACAAGAUACAGCUCCUGGGGAAGGGCCACCCUACGGAGUCUCUGCGCUGCCUGCAAACCAAGCAGCGAGUGUAAAGCCGCUGAUACUAGUUCUUCACUGUAUGUUCCCUAAUGAGCUCCUACUCGCCCUGGACAUCCUCGACCGAGGUUUGGUGAAACGAUUAUUAUCUCACGACAACCCCGCGUCCGCCGGGGAAUUUACCUCCGAGGAACCGGAGGACAUAUUUCUGGUGCGUUCGGCCUCGAUGUUGGCCUCGCAAUCUUCAACCCGGUAUCUCCCUUCUCAAGCAGACCCCGGAACAAGAGGGUACGAAGUUCGUCUGCAAGCCUGGGGCUGCACAUGUCCUACGUUUACCUUGGUCGCAUUUCGUGGGCCGAGAGUGGCAUCUUCAUCCAUGCCUGACAUUAGCUUCACAUCUACUGCUGAUGUUCCUGCUCUCCAAUCAUCACCAGGCCGGGACUCUGCAGUGCCCCAUAGCCCUUACCCAUUCGGGGGAACGCUGACACGCGGAUCGGCCCAGUCUUCACCCCCUGUUUGCAAGCAUCUUCUUGCAAGUUGGCUGGCUAUUCGCUGCCCAGACCUAUUGGGUAAAGGGAAUGAGAGAUUUGUCUGUGUCAGUGCCGAAGAGUUGGCGGGUUGGUGUGCGGGUUGGGGCGGAUAAACUCAUGUUGUACCCGACCGCAGUUGGCAUGGCAGCAUUGCUCAACAUUUCAGAAGCAUUGACCAUGUGACUGCUUCACUACAAAAACAACGCAUAUGACUUUGGCAGUCUACGGAGCAAAUAGAUAUCCAGCA